AUGCGCUUUAUGCUAUUGGCCUUCAUGGUCGCAGGUGCUGAGGCAGGACCUUGCACCCCCGUGGACUCCUGUCCAAAGCUUUCCGACGGCCUCUAUUGUCCCGUCAACGACGUCACCGAACAUGCCGACAUCAAUCGGGAUGUUAAGCUGGUUAAAGACUACUUGGCUGAGACUCCCCUGAACUACGCAAUGGCCAAGGAGGUGUACACCGCAGGCAACUUCUCUUCCAAAGGGCUGGGAAACAUGCGAACUCUCCAAGACCUGGCGCAGAAGGACAUGACCGUGGAUGGAAAGUACACCAACGUCCCCUUGCAGAACCACAAGGGGCCAUAA